AUGUCUAGUGCAGUAUCUGUCAGCAGAGUCCCGGCUCAUGUAUUCCGCGAUGGAUCGUCCGCUGGUUUACCGAUUGACCCCAACAUCACUAGUAACUGCACUUGGUGGAUUGACCUAACUACCUCGACGACCUGUGCUUCUGUGAUUGCGGAGAAGGCUAUUACCCUGGACCAGUUUCAAAGAUGGAACCCACCUGUUUCCGCCACCUGCGAGACUCUGCAGGCUGGACGCCCCUAUUGCGUCGAGGCCUUGUCCGAGCUAACAACGGCGCCGUCAUCUAGUAUUAGCGUAUCAGCACUGACAAGUCUUCAACCCCCACAAAGCGAUCUAACGCAGUCACCACAUGUAUCCGGACUGGUCGACAACUGCGACGCCAUCGCCGGCGCAAACGGCAUCAUGCUCGUCCAGUUCCUGUCCUGGAACCCCUCUGUCGGCACAACGUGCGGCGGGCUGUGGGCUGGCGCAUACGUCUGCGUCGCCAUCGCCAUCGGAGGCGCUGUGCCCUCGUUGUCAACGACGCUAUCGUUUGGGAACGGCGUCGUAGCGACGCUUACGCCUACGCAGCCGGGCAUGGUUACCAACUGCCAGAAGUUUGCGUUCGUUCAGUUAGAUGACACGUGCUUGAGUUUAGCGUCUGCAAACAGUAUCACUCUAGAUCAGUUUGUCGAAGGCCGAGACUGCGGUGGCCUAUGGCUGAAUUUCAAUGUCUGCAUUGGUGUUUGA